GUCAACUUGCUUUCAGCAAAGUAGGGUUGUGUUUUUCAAUUUUUUUAUUUUUUUAAAACAUUUUCUAUAAUUAUAAAAUAAACAAAUAAUUAAAAAUGAAUUUGUGUAAAGUUCCUGUGCCUGUUGAUGAUGGCGAUGGCGACAAUAGAUGGUUGAGCAUUCACCAUCGAUUCCUAGCAGAAACCCGAGAAAAAGAUGCAGACGUAAUUUUUAUUGGCGACUCCAUAAUUCAAGCUUUACAGCACACAGAUGUAUGGAAUGAGCUUUUUGUACCUUUACAUUGUCUGAAUUUUGGUAUACACAGAGACAGAGUGGAAAAUGUUCUUUGGAGAGUUCUCAAUGGGGAAUUAGAUAACAUAAAACCAAGGAUUAUUGUGCUCCAUGUUGGUACUAACAAUUACAACAACAAUCCUGAAGAUAUUAGAGAUGGCAUUAUUGAAAUCAUUUAUGCUAUUAGAGAAAGACAUCCCGAUGUCUAUAUUGUGAUACCUACUUUGCUGCCUAGAGGUCAACAUCCCAACACUCUCAGAGAUAAAUUUGAAAAAGUAAACCAGCUUCUUAAAAUAUCUCUAGAAAAUUUUUCAAAAUUGGAGUUGGUGUCGAUUGAUAAAGGAUUUGUACAGCCUGAUGGUACAAUCAGCCAUCAUGACAUGCACGAUUACCUUUUACUGACAAAUGCUGGCAGUAAAAAGGCUUUUGAGCCUGUUCAUGAAUUACUUUUACAACUUUUACAUGAAGGAGAAUCAGAAAAGGAUCUCUCACCCUCUGAGUAAUAUGAGGAGUAAAGUUGUGUUGGGUUUUUUUUUGUAGUAACACAACACUAUAAUUUUGUUAUUUUUCAAGUUUCAGUUUGUUUCAAAAUUCUAUAAUGCUUAUAAAUCUACUUGAAACGAUGAAGAUGGUUAAUCUAUUGAAAUACAGGGUUGCUCUUUGGGUCUGAAUAAUGGUUAAAAGUAGGUUUACAUUUUGUGAAUUUUGAAAACUAGUAUUUAGAUGAAUUUCUCAGGCUUAAGUUUUUUUUGAGUGAUAUUACUUAGGCAGCUAUAACCCAAAAUUAAGUUGUGAUGUAGUAACUAUAAAAAUAACUGGUUCAAAAAACUCUGGAAUUUUUCUAAAGUGUCCACCAAGAAUAGUUAUGUACCUAUUUAAUGUAGUGAUUUAAGUUAUUUUUCUUUCUGAAACAGUCAAACCUGGAUGUAAAAUUUAAGGCUUGAGUUAAAGCUAACCAAACUGUUCAAUAUAGCUGAAGUAUGAGUAUUGAAGUUUGUCUUUUUAAGUUAAAACAUACCUAUUUGUGCUAGUUUCAAGGUUUAUUUAUUUCAGCAUACUUCCUCAGUGAUAGUUAUUUAAAGUCAAUUGUGACUGUUUGAUACUUUUUGAAAUUUGGAUACAAAAAUUGGGUCAAGAUGAUUCUGCCUGAAUUCACACUUUCUUUCCUUAUAACAGGGUUAGUAGUUAUAUUCGGUGGUUGUUAUACUCCAGUUUGACUGAAUUUCUGUAGCAUGCAAGCGUUAAUUUUUCUAUUGCCUUUCAUUUAAAUAUUAUUGUGUGCAUUAUUAUAAGUAUUAAUUGAAAAUCAUUAUGUAGCCUUCAUUUGUUUAUUAGAUUUAAUUUAGUUUAUAAAUGCAUUUUCCUUGCUAGUUUUUAGUUUUACUGAUUUUCUUUUGAGCUUCAAAAGCUUUCAAUAUGUGAUACUUGAUACUUAAUAUCUUUACAUUCCGAAGUUGGCAACUUAUCAGAAAUUUUGAUUAUUUUGAAGAAAAUUAUCCCUUACAAUAUACCCAAUACUGGAACUCAAGCACCAAAGACAUUUGACCAAAAUGAGUUAACUAUUUACUAAAAUUUUUUUCAGGUGUUGCUUAACUGAAAUUAAUUAUUGGUCUCAUUUUUCCUAAUUUUUAUUCUGUCUUUAUUUAUAAAUAUACCUACAAUAACUUAAUGAUAUAAUGCUCAUUGUAAAUUAUGGAAAUAAAAUUUGCCAUUUUUAUUAUAA